AUGGACCUGCUGACCCUGACCCUGCUGGCGAUGACCGCAAUGACCGCAGCGACCGCAGCCGCCGGCGUCCCCUCCGGUGCCACCGCUGCCACCCCGGUGCCGGUGCCGGUGGUGCCCCUGGACAUGGCGCCGGCCUCCUUCGACGACCGGUACCGGGGCUGCGGCCGCGCCAUGGCCGCCGCGCUGCCGGCCCUCAACCGCUCCGAGCUGCGGCCGGGCUCUGCCUUCGCCGAGGCCUGGGCCCUGGCCGCGGCCCAGUGGCGCCUCCGGCCGUCCCCUGGGUCCCCUGGGUCCCCUGGGUCCCCUCUGUCCCCAGCCCAGGCCGUCGCCCUCAUGGCCUACACGGCGCCGGUGCCGCUGCACCGCGAGUUCAACCAGGCCGUGCGCGCGGCCGGGCGCUCCCGGCAGGAAUACCGCGACAACUUCCACUUCAAAACGCUGCACUUCCUGCUGACCCAGGCCGUGGUGGCGCUGCGGGACGCUCAGGGCCCGCGGUGUCACUGCGCGUUCCGCGGCGUGCGCGGGGUGCGGUUCGCGGCGCGGCGCGGGGACGCCGUGCGCUUCGGCCACUUCGCGUCGGCGUCGCUGCGCAACGAGAGCUCGUGGGGCUUCGGCACGGACGCGGCCUUCGAGGUGCUGACCUGCCACGGCGCCGCCGUCCGCGAGUUCUCCUUCUUCCCGCACGAGGAGGAGGUGCUGAUCCCGCCCUUCGAGACCUUCGAGGUCACCGACGUCACCGACGUCACCGAGGGGGGGGACAAGGCGCGGAUCCGGCUGCGCUCCACCGGGACCCUCAGCAACUACAACUGCGAGUGGCUGCGAGAGCAGCGCUGUGGGGACGGACCCUGCGUGUUCGACACCGGCUGGAGCGUCCCCAGGUCCCCUCCCCACCUCGGGGGGCUCCUCGUGGCCACCACAGCCCUGGCAGUGGCCGCCGGGACCUUCUGA